GAGGCGGCCUUGGUUCAAAUUUCCGAUUGUCCGCCUUCUUUCAAACGACUAGCAGAAGCAUAACGAACUUCAAACCCCGCUCGAAUUUGUUUACCCGUGCGUGAGCCAGAGGAAGACUGAUUGUAUUAAGUUUAAUUUAGGCACCUUACGAAAGGCAUUUUUCCGGCACAGUUGGACGAGAACUCACAAAACGAUGGACAACUUCCAAAAAAUAGAGAAAAUCGGUGAAGGUACGUACGGUGUCGUGUACAAGGGCCGAAAUAAACUUACCGGUGAAAUAGUCGCUAUGAAAAAGAUUCGUUUGGAGUCGGAGGAUGAAGGAAUACCGUCAACUGCCAUUCGUGAAAUUUCCCUGCUGAAGGAAUUGCAGCAUCCGAACAUAGUCUCGCUGCAGGAUGUCCUCAUGGAAGAAAAUAGGUUAUAUUUGAUAUUCGAGUUUUUGUCGAUGGAUUUGAAAAAGUACAUGGACACCCUGCCAGCGGAGAAAAUGAUGGACGCAGAUUUGGUAAAAAGUUACAUGUACCAAAUCACGGCCGCAAUUCUGUUCUGUCAUAAACGACGGGUGUUACAUCGGGAUUUGAAGCCGCAGAAUCUCCUGAUCAACAAAGAAGGUCUGAUUAAGGUAGCUGACUUCGGUUUAGGUAGAUCGUUUAACAUUCCAGUUCGCAACUAUACGCAUGAAAUUGUUACCCUCUGGUAUCGAGCACCGGAGGUUCUGCUCGGUUCACAACGGUAUGCCUGUCCGGUGGACGUUUGGUCAAUAGGUUGCAUUUUUGCUGAAAUGGCUACCCGAAAACCACUGUUUCAAGGUGAUUCUGAGAUUGAUCAGCUGUUCCGAAUGUUUCGCAUACUGAAAACACCGACCGAGGAGAUCUGGCCAGGGGUCACUUCUCUCCCCGACUACAAACCGACAUUCCCCUGCUGGGCGCAAAAUAAUCUAAAUGCUCAAGUUAAAAAUCUCGAUUCGGCUGGGCUGGAUCUACUGCAGAAGUGCCUGAUUUACGAUCCCGUUCAUCGGAUUUCGGCCAAAAAGAUUCUGGAACAUAAGUAUUUCGAUGGCUUCGAUCGGCGUGUGGUGCCUACGGAUUAAUUUUCGGUUUUGUCAGAGAUCGUUCUAACUUCUUAUUCUUCUUCCUGGGAUUUCGAUGGGGUCUUUUGUUGUGUAAAUAGCCCUCCCGAUGCAGAAUGGAAACACGUUUAGGAUUUCUCCUCGAAAUAGUAGCUCUUAAGAUUGAUCCGAUAGGUUGUCAUUCUCGUUUUAGGUUCGAAUUUUUCGCUACGUGGCAGACCAAGAGAGCAGAUUUUCUCAGCGCCUUAUCUGAGGUCUUUGCAACGUAAUUUUUAACGUGGUAAAUACAAAUCGAUAAUAAAUGACGU